UACGGAUCAAUGUGGUGGAAGAAGAAGAAAAAUAUGUGAACAAGCCUUGAUGAAACUGAGCCUGAACCCUGAAGUUAGUAAGUUACAAUGACAUCUUGCUAGUUUCUGGUUACUCUGUCUCAUUCUUUAUCUCUACCUCCUCUUUUAACUCUUCCUCUGAGUUCCUCCUUCCUACUUUUAAUCGUCAUCAUCAUCUAAUUAAUCAAACAAAAAUCAUAUUUUUAACUGUGGGUCCCAAUUAAACCCCUCCUCUCUUCAAUAUUUCUCAUGUUUUGUUUUCUUGAUAAGUGUAUCGCAUCUAACCAAUUCCUUGUCUUGUUAAAAAAGAGAGAAACUUGAAGAAAGAACUCAACCAGAAAAGAAAAAAAUAAACAACCUCUCUGGGAAUCUGGUGAGCAACUCGAGCAGAGUUCGCAAGACAGCUGACGGGUAGGCGGCAAAAAUGAAGCCCAACAGUACAAUGAUCACAACAACAAACAACACAAAACUGAUUCUACUGCACCCAUCGAUUUACAAACAGGGAGGAUCUCAGCGUUUAUGGUUACUAGCUUUCAUAUCUUUCUUCACAUUUGCAUUUCUUCUUACACUGCUCAAUACCAGAGAUUCUUACACAGGCAAUAUCAACAGUACCAUAAGAACAGGAGGAAUAUCAACCAGAGCCUCUUCUCUUACAUCUGAAUCUUCAAAUUUGCCAAAAUCACUAGCUGAUACUCUUCUUCAUUACGCUUCUAAAUCAAAUGAUACAGGAAAAAUGACAGAUUCGGAACUAAAAUCAAUUUCUCAGGUUCUGAAUUCAUGUCCAUCUCCCUGUAAUUUCCUUAUAUUUGGUCUUACACAUGAAACCCUUCUCUGGAAAGCUCUGAAUUUCAAAGGAAGAACUGUGUUUGUGGAUGAGAAUGAAUAUUAUGUAUCCCAUUAUGAAAAGAAUCAUCCAGGUAUUGAAGCGUAUGAUGUUUCGUACACAACAAAGGUAAGUGAAAUGAAACAACUUUUGAUAUCAACAAGAGAACAACUGAAGAAUGAAUGUAGACCGGUACAGAAUUUGCUGUUUUCAGAAUGUAAAUUAGGUAUAAAUGAUUUGCCAAAUCAUAUUUAUGAUGUGAGUUGGGAUGUUAUUUUAGUUGAUGGUCCAAGAGGGUAUUCUCCAACAGCACCUGGUAGAAUGUCUGCUGUUUUUACAGCAGGGGUUUUAGCAAGAAGCAAAAGAAAUAAUGGUGGUGCCGGAGAUAGGAGGACUACUCAUGUUUUUGUUCAUGAUGUGAACAGAGAAGUUGAGAGAGUAAGUAGUGAUGAGUUUUUAUGCAGAGAGAAUUUGGUUGAAUCAGUGGAUGCACUUCGUCAUUUCGCACUUGGAAGAAUGGAUUCUAAAUCAACUCAAUUCUGUACUACUCAAAACCCAACUUCUCAAUCAUCUUCUUGAGAAUAAUUGGAAAGGAGGACAAAUUGUGAUUAUUGUUUUUUUUUCUUACUUUACUCUGUAUUAGUUUUUGUUUACAUAUAUAUGCGCCCGUUCUUGUAAUUGAAAUAGAGUUUCAAAUUUCAAGAUUUGUGUUUUAAGAUCAAUUGUGAGUAGAGAUUGAGAAAAACAUGAUGGUGUCGGUGACCAAAGAAUGGUACUACGAAUUUGCUUGGUUCGUAAAUCACAACUUUAAACUUUUUGAUUUUUUCUUUUC